AUGGCGAUGGUCGGCGACCAGCCAGGCGAUUGCCUCGAGCUCACCUCCGCCUCGCCGACGUUAGCGAGGCUGAAGGCCUCGCUCGACAUCGGCGAGCCUCGAGCUCGCCAAAUCUAUCGCGCCUCUCUUCCAACAAACCCCGACGCCGAUGCCCCUCCGCCGGUUGCCUCCGUCGGCGUCGGAGUCCGUCACCCCGUUUACUCCGCCUCCACCUACGCGCCCGACGCCAACGCGUCGAACCACGACAGUGAAAAUGGAGGAGAGAGAAACGACGAAGUCUGGACAUGGGUCGUCGCGUCGGUCGCGUUCCGGCUCGCCCUCGUCUACCUCCCCAGGAACCUCUACCUGUCCACCUGCCUCGAGGUCCUCGGCCCUCUCACCAGCAUUUGCCACCUUGGCAAAGGCUACUGGUUGAAGCAGUCGGUGAUGUCUCCCUACGCAGGUUCCAUGUAUCACGGUUCUCCUUUGCUGUUGCUUGUUCUCGGACCUCUCGCUGUCAAAAGUAGAUCUUUCCAAGUGGUGAAGUCGCGGUCUUUGCAGUCGGCGAACUGGAUAGUGGUGCACAAAGCGAUAAGGGCGAUAAAGGAUCUGGACGCCCUGUUCUCUUCCCUGAAUCCGGAGUACUACGACAUCCUCAUGAAAUACUUGUACAGAGGCUUGUCUACAGGGGAUCGACCCACCUGUGACCAGUGCCUGUGGAUUCACAAAAGACUCACGGAGAGGGCCGGCUUGGGGUGCAUACUUCGUUCCCUAGCAAACACCACAAAUACAGUAUGAUGAUUAUUGCUAUCGUGAUCUGAAGAGAGAAAAGUGCCCACUGUAUCAUGCAUUAAUAAGAACAAGGUUCACGUACAAGGUUCAAUUUGGUUCCUAAAAAUAAAAGAAGUGUUAUGGACGCACAAGGUUCACGUACACUUCUAUUGAAAGUGUGGCAGUGACACAAGGGGAGGUUAGUAAACUAUGGCAGGUGGGAAAACUACCUAGCCGCCAAUAAGCAAUAUCAUUACCAUUAAGUGCUCA